GGGAAAAAUACGGUAUAGGUAUUCUGCGUUUCUUCGUGGAGUCAUUCUUUGUUUCUAUUUCCGUUUCUUCUGUAUCCCCCCAAUUUAUCCAUCGCCAAAACCCUAUUUCGCUUUUGAAUCCGUAAAUCAUCAUCAUACGCAUGAUAACCACUUGAAUUUCUCAGAGUGACAGCUUCAUAAAGUAAAGAUGGUGAAGCUGACGAUGAUUGCACGUGUCACUGAUGGUCUUCCGUUAGCUGAGGGACUUGAUGAUGGCCGUGAUGUGCAGGAUGCAGAGUUCUACAAACAGCAAGUUAAAGCUUUGUUUAAGAAUCUUUCAAGGGGGCACAAUGAUGCCUCAAGGAUGUCUGUUGAAACCGGACCUUAUGUUUUUCACUAUAUCAUUGAAGGACGGGUUUGUUAUUUAACAAUGUGUGAUCGUGCUUAUCCAAAGAAACUUGCGUUCCAAUAUCUUGAAGAUCUUAAGAACGAAUUUGAGCGUGGUUAUGGAAAUCAAAUUGAAACUGCAGCAAGACCGUAUGCUUUCAUAAAAUUCGAUACAUUUAUACAGAGGACUAAGAAACUGUACCAGGACACAAGAACUCAGAGGAACAUUACUAAGUUGAAUGAUGAACUUUAUGAAGUUCACCAAAUAAUGACUCGUAAUGUACAAGAAGUUCUUGGUGUUGGUGAAAAAUUGGACCAGGUCAGUCAAAUGUCAAGCCGCUUAACAUCAGAAUCUCGCGUAUAUGCUGAUAAAGCAAGAGAUCUAAACCGCCAGGCUUUUAUCAAGAAAUGGGCUCCUGUUGCAAUUGUUCUUGGGGUUGUUAUUCUACUGUUUUGGGCCAGAAAGAAGAUAUACUGAUUAUGGCUUGGUCUGUUUCAUAGGAAUAUGAUUCUAUUUGUCCCGGUUCCGGUUACAGAGUUUUAAGUUAAUUUUCCUUGCACCCCCUGCACUUUAGUUAUGCUAUCCAUCUGCACCUUCAACUUGAAAUUUUUGUUUAUGUGCCUUUUCUACAUUUAAACAAGUUUAAUCCGCCAAAUAGCAAUUAAAAUCUUGACAAACUCUUACUUC